CCUGAGCCGGGCAGGGCGGGCGCGGGCUGGCGGACCUCGGGACGCGCUGGGGCGCAAACAAGCGGUGGGUUUGCUGCGCCGCGACUUUCCCAGGGGCUGUGGCCGGCGCGCCGGGCAGGCCGAGGGAAUCCGGCUCCCAGGUCUCCAGGGCCCGCAGUGGGGGACAGCUGGAUCCCACGGCCCCUGUAGGGGACACCGCUUGUGGCACAGCGUUGCCCCUCCCCAUCUGCUCCUGGGGGCUCAGGCCUUCUGAGAGGUUUGGACAAGCCAGGUAUGCAGAUAGAAGAGUUGACUCCAGAAUACAGGGCCAGCCAUUAACAGAGGACACUGGGAAACAAGUCUGUCUGGGCGAAGGUCCCUGGAAGAACGCAGGCCCGCUGCCCAUCCUUUGCCAGAGAAGAGGGCACGCCUGGAAGCUUCCCUCUGACGGCACACCUCCAGCACGCAUAGAACUUGGCAGAGGCUGUCCCUGAGAUUCCUGCUGACACUUGUCUGAGCCUGCCUUCUGUGGAGCAUGGCCCCCACAGGAUUCCGGAACAAAUCAUAGACCCUAAGCCCUACAGCUGCUCUGAGAGGCACACUCCACAGCCCGGUUUGGCUCCAGGUGCUGUCUAGCCUCUGAAACAAGCUCCUGUCCUCAGGAUGUCUUCAGGAACCCUGGCCACAGCCGUAUGAGGCUUUUGCAGAGCAGGACCAGAUCUUACCACCCAUCAAGCCUCCCUUGUGGCACCCCACCACCUCCCAUGCCUGGCUGCUGGGGCAGACUAGAGAAUGUCUGUGCCCCAGAUCCAAGUGGAGGAAGUAGGUGAGGAAGAUGGGACCACAGGGGCAGCCGCACCUCUGGACGACCACCUUCUCAGCCUGAAGGCCCUCACAGAGAAGCUGAGGCUGGAGACCCGCAGACCCUCCUACCUGGAAUGGCAGGCCAGGUUGGAGGGACAGACAUGGUCCUUCCCCAGGCCAGCUGUCCAGCAGGAGGCAAACUUGGAGCAGGGAGCUCUUGGGGCUGGAGAGCCUUUGCUAUCCCCAGUAAAGCCCAGAGAGCAUCCCCCACCUGCCAGGAGUGCCAGCGGGGGUGACAGGCCACUGUCCAAAGGCAAGCUGGAAGGUUUCCAGAGUAUCGAUGAAGCUAUAACCUGGCUCAGGAAGGAACUGGCAGAGAUGCGGCUGCAGGACCAGCAGCUGGCCAGGCAGCUCAUGCGCCUCCGUGGGGACAUCAACAAGCUGAAGAUCGAGCAGACCUGCCACCUGCACAGGAGGAUGCUCAACGAUGCCACCUAUGACCUGGAAGAGCGGGAUGAACUGGCUGACCUCUUCUGCGAUUCCCCGCUGGCCUCCUCCUUCAGCCUCUCCACACCGCUUAAGCUCAUCGGCGUCACCAAGAUGAACAUCAACUCCAGGAGGUUCUCUCUCUGCUGAGAAGCUCUGGGGGGGAUGGAAAGCCAGAGCUAGGGGAGGGGGAGGAGGAGAAGGGGGAGAGCCAAGUUACCCCGGCAGGUCUCCUGAGUCAGGCUGGGGAAUGGAGAGGCCCGGCACCUGGUGGGUGGUGUUCCAGGGCCUCCAGUUGUGCGUCCCCCAGUUCUUCAUAUUCAGUACCCAAAGAUUCUGCAGAAGCUGCAUGAAACUGGGGUCUCAGCAGGAUCCCUGUGGCCUUCCCCUCUGUGGCCCACCUUCCUGUAUCCUGGACUCACUGGUGCUAUUGUUAUUGUUAUUAACAGAAAGUUCUCCAGUGGGGCUGGGAAGAUUAGAUUUGUAAGACACAGUCAUCUUUCACAUACGCCGUUACCGCCUUUUAAGUCCUGGCUCUAACUACCCCUAAGUAGGUGACUCAGCAUCCUUGACAGGGAUGUGCUAGGACAGGAAAAUCAAAAAGAAUAACAAGGUGGUGCAUGAAGAUGCAGGCUUCUUGCCAGCCACCAGCAUCUCUGGGAAGGAAAACCAGCCAGCUCCUUUGAACUUCAACAAGGCCAUGCUGAUUGUUUCCAGUUUGUGUCGGGAUCAUGGCACAUGCACUUAGUGCAGCUUUGGUGGAGCGAGACCAGAUGGCCCAUGGUGUCCCCUGACUCUAGUAACAACCACUGCAGUGACUUCACUGCCACCAACAACCCCGAGAGCACCUAGAGGGCUGCUGGUGACUGAACCAGACAACCACAAUUCAAUUUUCCUGUCGGGGUGUGACAGGCGCCCCCUCGUGGGAUCUGAUGGUGUCAGCCCCAUCACUUUAUCUUUGGUCACCAAAGACCCCAGGGAGCCCAGAAGCCCAUCCUGAGCCUCCCCUGAGACUGUGCCUGACCUAAACAACAAAUUUUAAUUGACUAAAACUGUUACUAAUAUGUCGCUAGCUUGUUAAUACCUGACUGAUUCUUGUCCAAACUGCAUCCCAGUUGAAUAAGCCAAGCAGAGUUUGGGAUUCAGCUUUGGGAGCUUUGCCCUAGCAGCUUGAAAUCAGCCAGAUGUGAGCUCAGGGUGCCAGGGAAGCUCCUGGUCUACCAUAUCUGACCACUGUGUCCCCAAUACCACAAGCUUCUCAGGCUUUGGAUGUAUCUAAUGGAGCCUGCUCAUUAGCUGAGAAGUGAAGCUGGGGAAAACAAUGGUUUCCUUCCAUCUAGCCACCUGCUUAGUGGUUAUGGGAUUAUUAAGA